AUGACGAGCUCUCCUACUGUUCUCAUAAUCGGCUGCGGUGUUGCUGGCCCGGUGCUGGCCGUCCUGCUGCAGCAACGUGGAUAUGCGCCCAUUGUAUUCGAGAAGGUCGGGGUUCUGGGCGAGGCGGGCGCAUCCCUUCUUCUGCAGCCUAACGGGAUGAAGGUUCUUGGUAUGCUUGGCGUAGCUGAAGGCCUUGAGGAAGAAUUCCGACCGUUGGCCGGCUAUUGGCAUGGAACCGCCCAGGGACAAACCCUGGCGGAUUCGGAACUUGCAAGCGGAUUCAAGGAACGAUACGGAUAUUCUGCAGUCGGUAUAAGACGGUCUGAGCUCAACCUUCGACUGAAGAAGCUCCUGCUGGAUAGGGAAAUUGAGGUUCGCGAGGGCUGGGAGUUGCUUACUAUCCAGGAGAGCGGCGACUUCGUCACCGCGACUUUCAGCAACGGCCGAUCGGCCACGGGCUCGUUCCUUGUCGGUUGUGACGGUAUCAAGGCGGCGACUCGACGUGUAAUCCUCCAGAUGAACUCCGAUAGCAUUGAAGGGCCCCCAGUCUUCACGGGGCUGACCCAGACAGCUGGAAUCUCGCCCACCCCGUCUACGUUGGAAAACCGAGGAGGCAAGAUGUGCAACUGGUACGGCGAAGGCAUUCAUGUCAUUGCGUACCCUAUCUCCAAAACGCAUGUCUCGUGGGCAGUGACUCUACCUGACUCUAACAAGCAACCAGAGACUUGGAGGCUGUCGACCGCCGAGGAACUCGAGUCACGCCGCAGCGAAUUACUGGCGUGCUUAGGAGGCUUCGAGCCGGCCGUGCUGCAGCUUACUAGGGAUGCUGAGCGCAUUAUCAAAUACGGAUUGUUCGAUAGAGAAGAGUUAACUGCCGAGCAAUGGCAUUCCAAGCGUUGUGUACUGGUAGGAGACGCCGCUCAUCCCACGAGCCCUCACAUCGGUCAGGGUGCGAAUCAGGCGCUGGAGGACUGCUACCACCUUUCACGUCUUCUUCCUGACCUUCAGUUGGGCCUCGGGGCUGAAGAACGGGACUCCGCCCUAAGAGGUGUCGAUUUGAGUGCAGUCUUCCGCACCUUCGCAGAGAAGCGUCAGCCGAGAACCUCGAUGUUGGUUAGAGACGCUCGCCGGCAAGGAGAGCUUCGCGUGGUGACUGAUGGGCCGGCCAAAUGUCGAGAGCGUGAUGGUCGCAUUGCCGCAGCAUGGGAGAACACUGCGGCAAUGAUGGAUAACUUUGACCGGCUCUUGCAAGAGCCUUUUUAGCGCAGCAUGGGAUGGGGAACUGUAGGGCCGCUCCGAGGAGGGCAGGGUGCAGGGGUAAGAACUAAGCAGGUCAGUAUGCCAC